AUGAUGAUGAUGAUGAUGAUGAUGAUGAUGAUGAUGAUAAUAAAAGGUAUGAUGAUGACGGUGAUGUCAAUCCUUGUAGGUGCGUUCUCCAGUGGUGACGUGUCGUCAGGGGCGGGACCUGCUUCUAUGAGUGGAGCUAACUCUGAGUUGCCACAGCAACAGCCGACGCCCUCCCUAGCUCCUCCCACCCCCUUCACUGCCACAGCCCCCAUGACCAACACAGCAUCCCCCCAUGUGAGUACAUACACACACCACACACACAGACUAGGCCUGUACUGAACAGAGUCAGAUCAACGUUACUGUCAGAGACAUACUAGUUAAAUUAAGUUUAAAUAGGUUUAGAAAAGGAUGACAGAGGAGUUUUUAGGGCUGUGACAGUCUUGGAAUUUUGGAUGAUGGUUAUUGGGCAGCCAAAUGCCCGCGGUCACUGUAAAAAAAAUAAUAAUAUAUAUAUAUAAAAAUAAAAGAGACCACUGCACAUUUUUCUUAAAUCAGCAUCUCUACAUGUAUGACAGCCAUUCCAUUCCAGUGUCUGUUGAAUUCCAACACAGGCACACCUCAUUCUACUGAAUUAGGUACUGAUUAGGUGUUCACCUGAACCAAAUCUUAUUUAAUGAGGAAAAGUAUAAAAACCACUGCUGUGGUCAUCACUAUUCUCUUGCAAUAGGAUCAGCUGGAUGGUAAAAACAGUGCUAAUAGUACCUCAAAAGUAAUAUUAAUCAAAAAAUAAAUAUUGACCAUGCCAAAAGAGUUGAAAAGGAAAGUUUUGAGUGAGGAAAAGAAGGGUUCAAUUCUGGCUUUACUGGCAGAGGGAUACAGUGAGCGUCAGGUUGCUUUCAUCCUUAAAAUUUCAAAGACGGCGGUUCAUAAGAACAAGGUCAAGCAGCAGACAUUGGGGACAACAAAGCUACAGACCGGCAGAGGGCGAAAACGACUCUACUGACCGGGAUGACCGCCAACUCAUUCAAAUGUCACUCAACAACUGUAGGAUGACAUCAAGUGACCUACAAAAAUAAUGGCAAACGGCAGCUGGGGUGAAGUGCACGGCGAGGACAGUUCGAAACAGGCUCCUAGGGGCAGGGCUGAAGUCGUGCAAAGCUAGAAAAAAGCCCUUCAUCAAUGAGAAGCAAAGAAGAGCCAGGCUGAGGUUUGCAAAAGACCAUAAUGAUUGGACCGUAGAGGACUGGAGUAAGGUCAUCUUCUCUGAUGAGUCCAAUUUUCAGCUUUGCCCAACACCUGGUCGUCUAAUGGUUAGACAGAGACCUGGAGAGGCCUACAAGCCACAGCGUCUCACACCCACUGUGAAAUGUGGUGGAGGAUCGGUGAUGAUCUGGGGGUGCUUCAGCAAGGCUGGAAUCGGGCAGAUUUGUCUUUGUGAAGGACGCAUGAAUCAAGCCAGUACAAGGUUGUCCUGGAAGAAAACGUGCUUCCUUUUGCUCUGACAUUGUUCCCCAACUCUGAGGAUUGGUUUUUCCAGCAGGACAAUGCGUCAUGCCACACAGCCAGGUCAAUCAAGGUGUGGAUGGAGGACCACCAGAUCAAGACCCUGUCAUGGCCAGCCCAAUCUCCAGACCUAAACCCCAUUGAAAACUUCUGGAAUGUGAUCAAGAGGAAGAUGGAUGGUCACAAGCCAUCAAACAAAGCCGAGCUGCUUGAAUUUAUGCGCCAGGAGUGGCAUAAAGUCACCCAACAUCAAUGUGAAAGACUGGUGGAGAGCAUGCCAAGACGCAUGAAAGCAGUGAUUGAAAAUCAGGGUUAUUCCACCAAAUAUUGAUUUCUGAACUCUUCCUAAGUUAAAACAUUAGUAUUGUGUUGUUUAAAAAUGAACAUGAACUUAUUUUCUUUGCAUUAUUCGAGGUCUGACAACACUGCAUCUUUUUUGUUAUUUUGACCAGUUGUCAUUUUCUGCAAAUAAAUGCUCUAAAUGACAAUAUUUUUAUUUGGAAUUUGGGAGAAAUGUUGUCAGUAGUUUAUAGAAUAAAACAAAAAUUUUAUUUUUACCCAAACACAUACCUAUAAAUAGUAAAACCAGAGAAACUGAUAAUUUUGCAGUGGUCUCUUAGUUUUUUCCAGAGCUGUGUAUAUACUACCGUUCAAAAGUUUGGGGUCACUUAGAAAUGUCCUUGCUUUCGAAAGAAAAGCAAUUUUUUUGUUCAUUAAAAUAACAUCAAAUUGAUCAGAAAUACAGUGUAGACAUUGUUAAUGUUGUAAAUGGCUAUUGUAGCUGGAAACGGCUGAUUUUUUAAAUGGUAUAUCUACAUAGGCGUACAGAGGCCCAUUAUCAGCAACCAUCAGUCCUGUGUUCCAAUGGCACGUUGUGUUUGCUAAUCCAAGUUUAUAAUUUUAAAAGGCUAAUUGAUCAUUAGAAAACCCUUUUGCAAUUAUGUUAGCACAGCUGAAAACUGUUGUGCUGAUUUAAAGAAGCAAUAAAACUGGCCUUCUUGAGACUAGUUGAGUAUAUGGAGCAUCAGCAAUUGUGGGUUCGAUUACAGGCUCAAAAUGGCCAGAAACAACUUUCUUCUGAAACUCGUCAGUCUAUUCUUGUUCUGAGAAAUGAAGGCUAUUCCAUGCGAGAAAUUGACAAGAAACUGAAGAUCUCGUACAACGCUGUGUACAGUCAUGGUCAAACAUUUUGAGAAUUACACAAGUAUGGGUCUUCACAAAGUUUGCUGCUUCAGUGUUUUUAGGUAUUUUUGUCAGAUGUUACUAUGGUAUACUGAAGUAUAAUUACAAGCAUUCCAUGUGUCAAAGGCUUUUAUUGACAAUUACAUGAAGUUUAUGCAAAGGGUCAAUAUUUGCAGUGUUGACCCUUCUUUUUCAAGACCUCUGCAAUCCGCCCUGGCAUGCUGUCAAUUAACUUCUGGGCCACAUCCUGGAAGCCCGUUCUUGCAUAAUCAAUGCUUGGACUUUGUCAGAAUUUAUGGGUUUUUGUUUGUCCACCCGCCUCUUGAGGAUUGACCACAAGUUCUCAAUGGGAUUAAGCCCGAGCCACUUAGUUAUCACUUUUGCCUUAUGGCAAGGUGCUCCAUCAUGCUGGAAAAGGCAUUGUUCGUCACCAAACUGUUAUUGGAUGGUUGGGAGAAGUUGCUCUCGGAGGAUGUGUUGGUACCAUUCUUUAUUCAUGGCUGUGUUCUUAGGCAAGAUUGUGAGUGAGCCCACUCCCUUGGCUGAGAAGCAACCCCACACAUGAAUGGUCUUAGGAUGCUUUACUGUUGGCAUGACACAGGACUGAUGGUAGCGCUCACCUUGUCUUCUCCGGACAAGCUUUUUUCCAGAUGCCCCAAACAAUCGGAAAGGGGAUUCAUCAGAGAAAAUGACUUUACCCCAGUCCUCAGCAGUCCAAUCCCUGUACCUUUUGCAGAAUAUCAGUCUGUCCCUGAUGUUUUUCCUGGAGAGAAGUGGCUUCCUCGCUGCCCUUCUUGACACCAGGCCAUCCACCAAAAGUCUUUGCCUCACUGUGCAUACAGAUGCACUCACACCUGCCUGCUGCCAUUCCUGAGAAAGCUGUGCACUGGCGGUGCCCCGAUCCCGCAGCUGAAUCAACUUUAGGAGACGGUCCUGGCGCUUGCUGGACAAUCUUGGGCGCCCUGAAGCCUUCUUCACAACAAUUGAACCUCUCUCCUUGAAUAUCUUGAUGAUCCGAUAAAUGGUUGAUUUAGGUGCAAUCUUACUAGCAGCAAUAUCCUUGCCUGUGAAGCCCUUUUUGUGCAAAGCAAUGAUGACUGCACGUGUUUCCUUGCAGGUAACCAUGGAUAACAGAGGAAGAACAAUGAUAUCAAGCACCACCCUCCUUUUAAAGCUUCCAUUCUGUUAUUCUAACUCAAUCAGGAUGACAGAGUGAUCUCCAGCCUUGUCCUCGUCAACACUCUCACCUGUGUUAACGAGAGAACCACUGACAUGAUGUCAGCUGGUCCUUUUGUGGCAAGGCUGAAAUGCAGUGGAAAUGUUUUUUGGGGAUUAAGUUUAUUUUCAUGGCAAAGAGGGACUUUGCAAUUAAUUGCAAUUCAUCUGAUCACUCUUCAUAACAUUCUGGAAUAUAUGCAAAUUGCCAUCAUAAAAACUGAGGCAGCAGACUGUGAAAAUUUAUAUUUGUGUCAUUCUCAAAACUUUUGACCAUGACUGUACUCUACUCCCUUCACAGAACAGCGCAAACUGGCUCUAACCAGAAUAGAAAGAGGAGUGGGAGGCCCCGGUGCACAACUGAGCAAGAGGACAAAUACAUUAGUGUCUAGUUUGAAAAACAGACGCCUCACAGGUCCUCAACUGGUAGCUUCAUUAAAUAGUACCCACAAAACACCAGUCUCAACGUCAACAGUGAAGAGGCGACUCCGGGAUGCUGACCUUCUAGGCAGGGUUGCAAAGAAAAAGCCAUAUCUCAGACUGCCCAUCUUAAUCUUUUCUUUUUAUUGGCCAGUCUGAGAUAUGUAUUUUUCUUUGCAACUCUGCCUAGAAGGUCAGCAUCCCGGAGUCGCCUCUUCACUGUUGACGUUGAGACUGGUGUUUUGCGGGUACUAUUUAAUGAAGCUGCCAGUUGAGGACCUGUGAGGUAGCUGUUUCUCAAACUAGACACUCUAAUGUAUUUGUCCUCUUGCUCAGUUGUGCACCGGGCCUCCCACUCCUCUUUCUAUUCUGGUUAGAGCCAGUUUGCGCUGUUCUUUGAAGGGAGUAGUACACAGCGUUGUACGAGAUCUUCAGUUUCUUGUCAAUUUCUCGCAUGGAAUAGCCUUCAUUUCUCAGAACAAGAAUAGACUGACGAGUUUCAGAAGAAAGUUAUUUGUUUCUGGCCAUUUUGAGCCUGUAAUCGAACCCACAAUUGCUGAUGCUCCAUAUACUCAACUAGUCUCAAGAAGGCCAGUUUUAUUGCUUCUUUAAUCAGCACAACAGUUUUCAGCUGUGCUAACAUAAUUGCAAACGGGUUUUCUAAUAAUCAAUUAGCCUUUUAAAAUGAUAAACUUGGAUUAGCAAACACAACGUGCCAUUGGAACACAGGACUGAUGGUUGCUGAUAAUGGGCCUCUGUACGCCUAUGUAGAUAUUCCUUAAAAAAUCAGCCAUUUACAACAUUAACAAUGUCUACACUGUAUUUCUGAUCAAUUUGAUGUUAUUUUAAUGGACAAAAAAAAUUGCUUUUCUUUCGAAAACAAGGACAUUUCUAAGUGACCCCAAACUUUUGAACGGUAGUGUGUGAGUGUGUGUGUGUAUAUACAUACAGUGGGUAGAACAAGUAUUUGAUACACUGCCGAUUUUGCAGGUUUUCCUACUUACAAAGCAUGUAGAGGUCUGUAAUUUUUAUCAUAGGUACACUUCAACUGUGAGAGACGGAAUCUAAAACAAAAAUCCAGAAAAUCACAUUGUAUGAUUUUUAAGUAAUUAAUUUGCAUUUUAUUGCAUGACAUAAGUAUUUGAUACAUCAGAAAAGCAGAACUUAAUAUUUGGUACAGAAACCUUUGUUUGCAAUGACAGAGAUCAUACGUUUCCUGUAGGUCUUGACCAGGUUUGCACACACUGCAGCAGAGAUUUUGGCCCACUCCUCCAUACAGACCUUCUCCAGAUCCUUCAGGUUUUGGGGCUGUCGUUGGGCAAUACGGACUUUCAGCUCCCUCCAAAGAUUUUCUAUUGGGUUCAGGUCUGGAGACUGGCUAGGCCACUCCAGGACCUUGAGAUGCUUCUUACGGAGCCACUCCUUAGUUGCCCUGGCUGUGUGUUUCGGGUCGUUGUCAUGCUGGAAGACCCAGCCACGACCCAUCUUCAAUGCUCUUACUGAGGGAAGGAGGUUGUUGGCCAAGAUCUUGCGAUACAUGGCCCCAUCCAUCCUCCCCUCAAUACGGUGCAGUCGUCCUGUCCCCUUUGCAGAAAAGCAUCCCCAAAGAAUGAUGUUUCUACCUCCAUGCUUCACGGUUGGGAUGGUGUUCUUGGGGUUGUACUCAUCCUUCUUCUUCCUCCAAACACGGCGAGUGGAGUUUAGACCAAAAAGCUCAAUUUUUGUCUCAUCAGACCACAUGACCUUCUCCCAUUCCUCCUCUGGAUCAUCCAGAUGGUCAUUGGCAAACUUCAGACGGGCCUGGACAUGCGCUGGCUUGAGCAGGGGGACCUUGCGUGCGCUGCAGGAUUUUAAUCCAUGACGGCGUAGUGUGUUACUAAUGGUUUUCUUUGAGACUGUGGACCCAGCUCUCUUCAGGUCAUUGACCAGGUCCUGCCGUGUAGUUCUGGGCUGAUCCCUCACCUUCCUCAUGAUCAUUGAUGCCCCACGAGGUGAGAUCUUGCAUGGAGCCCCAGACCGAGGGUGAUUGACCGUCAUCUUGAACUUCUUCCAUUUUCUAAUAAUUGCGCCAACAGUUGUUGCCUUCUCACCAAGCUGCUUGCCUAUUGUCCUGUAGCCCAUCCCAGCCUUGUGCAGGUCUACAAUUUUAUCCCUGAUGUCCUUACACAGCUCUCUGGUCUUGGCCAUUGUGGAGAGGUUGGAGUCUGUUUGAUUGAGUGUGUGGACAGGUGUCUUUUAUACAGGUAACGAGUUCAAACAGGUGCAGUUAAUACAGGUAAUGAGUGGAGAACAGGAGGGCUUCUUAAAGAAAAACUAACAGGUCUGUGAGAGCCGGAAUUCUUACUGGUUGGUAAGUGAUCAAAUACUUAUGUCAUGCAAUAAAAUGCAAAGUAAUUACUUAAAAAUCAUACAAUGUGAUUUUCUGGAUUUUUGUUUUAGAUUAUGUCUCUCACAGUUGAAGUGUACCUAUGAUAAAAAUUACAGACCUCUACAUGCUUUGUAAGUAGGAAAACCUGCAAAAUCGGCAGUGUAUCAAAUACUUGUUCUCCCCACUGUAUGCUAUGUGCAUAAUAGCAAAGUUACCCAGCAUAUUGGUGUUGAGAACAAUGCGGCGGAGUUAGGAGACGAGAAAACAGCCCUUGCCUUAAUUGUCUAAGAAAAGUGAGGAGAGGAAACCCCAACUUAAUUAGGUCUAUAAUCAACAGCCUAACUGUUACAUGUGCCUGGCUUUAUAAAUUGAAAUGUGAUUAAAACACAUAGGAUGUGUCUAUAUAUGGAACAACACACGUUUUUCCACCAAUCGAUUGGUCGAAAGAACAGAUGGCUCUCGGUCGACCAAGAUUUUGUUUAGUUGGACAGCCCUCGUUUUUUUCUAAACACAUUUUCUCCACUCCUGACUGCUGCUGCAGGGAGGGGAGGCAUUUCCUUGGCAACCAAAGACUUGUUUGCUACAACACCUUGCUUGUUUCAGCAAGGAGCAACAAAGUUUCAUCAAGUUAUACAGUCCAUGUUACUGUAGAGUCCAUGUUAAGGCAGAAACGGACUCAACCGCACGAUUGCCUUCAGUCAGCUGUUCUUUCCACACACACCUAAAAACGAAAUAUACAGGUAAAAGUCAGUAAAUUAGAAUAUUUUGAAAAACUUGAUUUAUUUCAGUAAUUGCAUUCAAAAGGUGUAACUUGUACAUUAUAUUUAUUCAUUGCACACAGACUGAUGCAUUCAAAUGUUUAUUUCAUUUAAUUUUGAUGAUUUGAAGUGGCAACAAAUGAAAAUCCAAAAUUCCGUGUGUCACAAAAUUAGAAUAUUGUGUAAGGGUUACAUUUUGAAGACACCUGGUGCCACAAAAUAAUCAGCUGAUUAACUCAAAACACCUGCAAAGGGCUUUAAAUGGUCUCUCAGUCCAGUUCUGAAGCCUACACAAACAUGGGGAAGACUUCAGAUUUGACAGCUGUCCAAAAGGCGACCAUCGACACAUUGCACAAGGAGGGAAAGACACAAAAGGUUAUUGCAGAAGAGGCUGGCUGUUCUCAGAGCUCUGUGUCCAAACACAUUAAUAGAGAGGCAAAGGGAAGGAAAAACUGUGGUCAGAAAAAGUGUACAAGCGAUAGGGAUCACCGCGCCCUAGUCAAGAUUGUGAAAAAAAAAACAUUCAAAAAUGUGGGGGAGAUUCACAAGGAGUGGACAGCUGCUGGAGUCAGGGCUUCAAGAUCCACCACCAAGAGACGCUUGAAAGACAUGGGUUUCAACUGCCGCAUACCUCGUGUCAAGCCACUGUUGACCAAGAAACAGCGCGAAAAGCGUCUCACCUGGGCUAAGGAAAAAAAGAGCUGGACUGCUGCUGAGUGGUCUAAAGUCAUGUUUUCUGACGAAAGCAAAUUUUGCAUUUCCUUUGGAAAUCGAGGUCCCAGAGUCUGGAGGAAGACAGGAGAGGCACAGGAUCCACGUUGCCUGAAGUCUAGUGUAAAGUUUCCACCAUCAGUGAUGGUUUGGGGUGCCAUGUCAUCUGCUGGUGUCGGUCCACUCUGUUUCCUGAGAUCAAGGGUCAACGCAGCCGUCUACCAGCAAGUUUUAGAGCACUUCAUGCUUCCUGCUGCUGACCUGCUCUAUGGAGAUGGAGAUUUCAGGUUCCAACAGGACUUGGCGCCUGCACACAGCGCAAAAUCUACCCGUGCCUGGUUUACGGACCAUGGUAUUUCUGUUCUAAAUUGGCCAGCCAACUCCCCUGACCUUAGCCCCAUAGAAAAUCUGUGGGGUAUUGUGAAAAGGAAGAUGCAGAAUGCCAGACCCAACAACGCAGAAGAGUUGAAGGCCACUAUCAGAGCAACCUGGGCUCUCAUAACACCUGAGCAGUGCCAGAAACUCAUCGACUCCAUGCCACGCCGCAUUAAUGCAGUAAUUGAGGAGCUCCAACCAAGUAUUGAGUAUUGUACAUGCUCAUAUUUUUCAUUUUCAUACUUUUUUAGUUGGCCAACAUUUCUAAAAAAUCCCUUUUUUGUAUUAGCCUUAAGUAAUAUUCUAAUUUUGUGACACACGGAAUUUUGGAUUUUCAUUUGUUGCCACUUCAAAUCAUCAAAUUAAAUGAAAUAAACAUUUGAAUGCAUCAGUCUGUGUGCAAUGAAUAAAUAUAAUGUACAAGUUCACCUUUUGAAUGCAAUUACUGAAAUAAAUCAAGUUUUUCAAAAUAUUCUAAUUUACUGACUUUUACCUGUAUACUUGAUUAUUUUUACAGACGGGGCGAUUUACAAUUUUCUUUAAGGGGCCCGCCCUUUGGUUUUUUGAGGCCCCGUGCCGAUCUUUGAUUACCCGUUCUCUUGACUACUUCUUCCAUUUUCUAAUAAUUGCGCCAAAGUUGUUGCCUUCUCACCAAGCUGCUUGCCUAUUGUCCUGUACCCAUCCAGCCUGUGCAGGUCUACAAUUUUAUCCCUGAUGUCCUUACACAGCUCUCUGGUCUUGGCCAUUGUGGAGAGGUUGAGUCUGUUUGAUUGAGUGUGGGACAGUGUCUUUAUACAGGUAACGAGUUCAAACAGGUGCAGUUAUACAGUAGAUGGAGAACAGGAGGGCUUCUAAAGAAACUAACAGGUCGUGAGAGCCGAAUCUUACUGGUUGUAAUGAUCAACUACUUAUGGUCUGCAAUAAAAUGCAAAGUAAUUACUUAAAAAUCAUACAAUGUGAUUUUCUGGAUUUUUGUUUAGAUUAUGUCUCUCACAGUGAAGUGUACCUAUGAUAAGAAAUUACAGACCUCACAUGCUUUGUAAGUGGAAAACCUGCAAAAUCGGUCAGUGUAUCAAAUACUUGUUCUCCCCAGGUAUGCUAUGUGCCUAUAGCAAAGUUACCCAGCAUAUUGGUGUUGAGAAAUGCGGCGGAGAUUAGGAGACGAGAAAAACAGCCCUUGCCUUAAUUGUCUAAAAAGUGAGGAGAGGAAACCCCAACUAAUUAGGUUCUAUAAUCAACAGCCUAACUGUUACAUUGCCUGGCUUAUAAAUUGAAAUGUGAUUAAAAAACACAUAGAUGUGUCUAUAUAUGGAAAAAACCACGUUUUCCACACAAUCGAUUGGUCGAAAAGAACAGAUGGCUCUCGGUCGACCAAGAUUUUGUUAUUGGACAGCCUCGUUUUUUCUAAAACAUUUUCUCCACUCCUGACUGCUGCUGCGGGAGGGGAGGCAUUUCCUUGGCAACCAAAGACUUGUUUGCUACAACACCUUGCUUGUUUCAGCAAGGAGACAAAGUUUCAUCAGUUAUACAGUCCAUGUUACUGUAGAGUCCAUGUUUAAGGCAGAAACGGACUCAACCGCACGGUUGCCUUCAGUCAGCUGUUCUUUCCACACACACCUAAAAACUAAAUAUAUACUUGAUUAUUUUUACGGUUAUGAAGGCGAUUCUAUUUUCAUGACGGUCUUCAUCCAUAAUUGUCGUUUACACAGUUAUACUGUAAUUGUGCCAGCCCUAAGUUUUUUAUGGGCUCAUGUUUCAUAUCGUUCCAUAGAACAUCAUGAACCACUCCAGCUACGCCCCCCAUCUCUGACCCCUGAACUCUUAGCCCGUCCACCUUCCAAAUGAGCAGGGGCUUCUAUUUUCCGCCUCUCUUCUUUUUCUCUUUCUAUUUGCCCAGUUGUCCCCCUCUCUGCCCCUUCCCCCCCUCCCUUCUCUGUCUCCUCUACUGUGAUGUGAUCUGACAGGCACCAUGGAGGAGAAGGGGGGUGGGGGGCGGUCAUACUCUAAUUCCACCAAUCACCCUCCAACUCCAACUCCCCACAUACACACUCCCUGACCCCCACCUCCCAUACAUAGUUGAGCGGAGAGGGGGCCCAGGGAAGCAGGAUAUCACGCCUAUUUACUACAUAUAGAGGACUUGGAGCUACUCCAAGCACAGUGUGUGUGCGUGCGUUGCAAAUUGAAAUAAGGAAGUGGGUGUGUGUGCGUCUCCCCUUAUGUUACCAACUCCAUCCAGUCAUCCUACAUGUAUUGUAACUGAGUCUCUCUUUCUCCCCUGUAGGUGAGUGGGUUACCAGGUCCAGUGUUCAACAUGGCUCCCUCCCACAUGUUUGGAAACCGACUCAACCCCAACUCUGCCAUGGCUGCUCUCAUCGCACAGUCUCAGGCUUCCCCCGCAGGUUGGCAACCAACGUGUGGUGUGUGUGGUUCUGUGUACUGUGUGCGCGUGUGUGUUUUUUGAUCCUAGGGAUGAUCCAGCCUCCAUGGUCCUACAAGGGUUCUGAAACACAACACCCACUACCCCUGCCAGGUGUACAUCACCACACUCACAUGCAUCCCACCAUGCACCACGUUGUGGUGGGUGGUGAGUGUGGUGUGCGUUGUGUGGUUUGCAGAUAGAUCAGAAUGGUCUACGAGGGUUAGGGAGACAAAGCAUGCUAGGAGACCGACUCACAGGCAACAGGAAGCUAGGAGGAGGUGGAUGAGGGGAGGAACUUGUGGAGGUGCGGAGGAAAGGGGAGAGGGAGGAAAGGGGGAGGAGCGGGAAAAAGGCAGAGGAGCGGGAGGAAGGGGGAGGAGCGGGAGGAAAGGGGGAGGAGUGGGAGAAAGGGGGGAGGAAGGGGGAGGAGUGGGAGAAAGGGGGAGGGGGCGAGGGAUAAGGGGGAGAGUGGGUGGAAAGGGGGAGGAGCUGGCUGAAGGGGGGGGAAGGGGGGGGGGGCGGAAUGAAGGGGGAGGGGCGGGAUUGAAGGGAGAGGAGUGGGAGAAAAGGGGGAGGGGUGGGAUGAUGAAGGAGAGGAGUGGGAGAAAAGGGGGAGGGGCGGGAAUAAGGGAGAGGAGUGGGAGGAAAGGGGGGGGGAGCGGGCUGAAGGGGGAGGAGCAGGAGAAAAGUGGGGAAUAAAGUGUUUCCUGGUGUUUCAGUACCACCUGCAGCCAUUGGUCCUCCCUUAUCUCUAGGGGUUAACCAUAUUGCAACUGACCGUGGGCGUGUUUGUGCUUUUGAAUGACGGGCUGCUGGUAGAAGUAUGGAAAGGGUUCAAAAUAAAGGAAAAGAAAAGAGGGGAAGGGGGUAAAAUCGGAGUUAAGAUUGACUUUCUUAAGUGGAGGCGAGUGCAUGCUGGUGUGUGUGUGUGCAUGCUGGUGUGUGUGUGUGCAUGCUGGUGUGUGUGUGUGCAUGCUGGUGUGUGUGUGCAUGCUGGCUGGUGUGUGUGUGUGUGUGUGUGUGUGUGUGUGCGUGCAUGCUGGUGUGUGUGUGUGUGCAUGCUGGUGUGUGUGUGUGUGUGUGCAUGCUGGUGUGUGUGUGUGAUUUAUUACUCUGGCAGAGGAAAAUGAAAAGAGACGUCUGGCCUGGAGGGAGAAGAGAGAGAUGGCGAGAGAAAGUGUGUGUGAGAGAGAGAGAGAGAGAGAGAGACGCAAUCACAGUGUGGUAAGUGUGUUGUUUACUGUUUGUGUGUGUGUAUAGAUCAGGAGGUAGGAGAUGGAAACAGCAUUGGAGCUCCGGGCUUCUCCAGACGAGUCUCUCCCAAGACCACCCUCUGUCCGCGGUAAGUACACACACACAUUUUUCCCUUUUACCCAGUGAGCACACACACACUCCCCCUAUUACCAGUGAGCCCUUAUUUACAUUCCACACAAAAAAAUCUCUGCCCAUCCCCCUCUCCUCUCCUCUCCUCUCUUCUCUUCCCCUCUGCUGGCCUCUUAUGUGUGUGGGUUUCUCUCUCUCCCUCCCACAAACACUCUUUCUGGUCUCUUUCCCUCUCUCUCCCCCCCCCCCCCCACCACCCCCCCCAUAAAGGCGUUUCUAUCUCUCCCUCCACCUAAAUGCGUUUCUAUCUCUCCCCUCCAAAGACGUUUCUAUCCCCCCCCCCUCCCCGAAAGGCGUUUCCAUCUCUCCUCCCCCUGCAGGCGUUUCCAUCUCUCCUCCCCCUGCAGGCGUUUCCAUCUCUCCUCCCCCUGCAGGCGUUUCCAUCUCUCCUCUCCCUGCAGGUGUUUCCAUCUCUCCUCUCCCUGCAGGUGUUUCCAUCUCUCCUCCCCCUGCAGGCGUUUCCAUCUCUCCUCCCCCUGCAGGUGUUUCCAUCUCUCCUCUCCCUGCAGGUGUUUCCAUCUCUCCUCCCCCUACAGGUGUUUCCAUCUCUCCUCCCCCUGCAGGCGUUUCCAUCUCUCCUCUCCCUGCAGGUGUUUCCAUCUCUCCUCCCCCUACAGGUGUUUCCAUCUCUCCUCCCCCUGCAGGCGUUUCCAUCUCUCCUCCCCCUACAGGUGUUUCCAUCUCUCCUCCCCCUGCAGGCGUUUCCAUCUCUCCUCCCCCUAAAGGUGUUUCCAUCUCUCCUCCCCCUGCAGGUGUUUCCAUCUCUCCUCUCCCUGCAGGUGUUUCCAUCUCUCCUCCCCCUGCAGGCGUUUCCAUCUCUCCUCUCCCUGCAGGUGUUUCCAUCUCUCCUCUGUGAUGGUGGGAAAGGUCCUUCAGCUCUGGGCUUGCGUUUCUUUUUGCUCGUUUAUCUUUUUACAAAGAUAGUUUGCCUUUUUCUCUGUUUUUAUGGUGAAUAGCGUGUGUUUAAAGGGGUGUCCACAUACCCUGUGUAUAUAUAGUGUAAGUUGGCUUUAUUCAGUGCCAAAAAUAUAUUUCUAAAACAAUAGGACUCUGUAUGAUGUGGGUCUUUACCGUCUUAUGUGGACAGUGGCUUCACUCCUGCUGUGUAUUCACUUGUGUGUUCUUCUCUUGACAUCACUUUUCCGAACGCUUUACUUCUUAGGUCAAAUUCAGAUUAAAUAUACAUUUCUCCCACAAUGCAAAUGAAAAGUGAAAUGUCAUAUUGGGAUUUUUUGUUGGAAGGAUGAAACAAAUCAGAAUGUUAUCAGCAACCUAAUUCUGCUAUCUUCCCUUUAAGAAGAAAAAGGUUUCCUUCAGUUUGCUCCAUAAGGGGGAGAACAUUUACUAGCUGAAUUUUCCAAUAAGUUGUUUGGUUUCGUUGUGUGUAGUUCUCUCCUGGCUCUCUUUUUCCUCCCCAUCUUAUUUCUCUCUUUCACUCAUCAGUCUAAACUCAGUGAUUUACUGCACCGUGGGUGCCCACCACACACCUCUCUCUCUCUCUCUCUCCCCCCUUUUCAAUAGCUCACACUUUAAGGACAAAUUGAUGUUAUGUUUGGUUGUUAAUAUCCUUUUCUCUCUCCCCCCCAACCCUCCUCUCUCACCCACCCCUCCCGCUCUCCCUCCAGUUCUCCUCUAGGUGGGCUGCAGAUCCGGUAUGACCCAGCAGGGUCGUUGGGGUCAGGGUUGGGUUUGGGGGGGCUAGGGUCAGGUCAGGGAGGUGGAGGAGACACAGCACCCCCGGUGGCCACCUCUAUAGAACAGCUGCUGGAGAGACAGUGGAGCGACGGACAACAGUUCCUACUGCAGCAAGGAGCACAGGGAGAUGGUGAGCUCACACACACGUACAUUACUUUAUUCAUCAAAUAUAAUCUACUCGCCUAUCAUUGCAUUGUUUGGAUACUUAAAUUGUAUUGGUUUAAUAUAGUGCCCCCCCCCCCCCCCUCCGUCACUCCUUGCCUCUCUCCUACUCUCUCCCUCUCUCUCUGUGGUAGUGUUGGGGAUGUUGAAGUCCCUCCACCAGCUGCAGCAGGAGAACAGGCGCCUAGAGGACCAGAUUAAAACUCUCACCAUGAAGAAAGAACGACUGCAGCUCCUGUCAGCUCAGCUGUCUGUGCCUUUCACUCCUACUGCUGCUGCCCAAGGUACACACACUCCUAUUACCGCCUCACCCUAACAAACACGCAUACAAACUGUCACUCUCAUUGCCUGCCUGUGUGAUGUUGUGUGUUACAGAUGUGAAGAGUGACUCCUCUCUACCCAUACCUGCUCAGGUAAGGCAGUUGAAGCUCCAGCACAUAGUGAGUGAACCCAGCUAGCACACUAGUUGUUAUACUGUCAUUACAGAGGGCUGUUGGAAUGGUAAGAGAUUGCAUAGGAGAUACUGGUUAACAAAGUUCUCUCUCUCUCUCUCUCUCUCUCUCAGGAUAGCGUGUCGUGUGGUCGUAGUAGUGGUGGAUCUACCUCUUCUCUGUCCACCCCCCCCUCCGUCUCUCACAGCCCCCCCCAGCCACCUCAGCUCAACGGGGUUGCCGUGGGAACCAUGAUGCUGGGAGGGGGAGCGGGGCUAGGGAUGGGGGGGGUAGUUGGGGUUCUGAACGGAGUCAUACAGACUACCUCCAGCCCUCACACAUACACUCACACACACACCUCUGCACCGGGAACCAGCGCCACUCUGCCCAUCUCCAGCUCCAUUAACAACAGGUAGGUACACUACAUCUGUCUGUCUGAGUCUGUCUGCCUGGCUACCUGGUAGUCUGUCUUUCUGUCUGCCUGUCCUUCCAUUGAUUGAAAUGUCUGUCUGUUUUUGGCUUCAAAUUGAUUCCCUUAUACUUUCUCCUGCAGCUCAGCUACUGCUAAAAGCGGGGGAGAGAGUGUAUGUGUGUUGUAGUUUUCUAACUGUGUGUGUAUAUGUCUGUGUGUUUUCAGGUUGGGUGCCUUGUCUGAGCAGCAGAGGCUCUUACUGCACCAGCACCAACUACAACAGCUACUGUCUUCACAGCCCUCUGCGGUAAACACAUACACACACACACACACACACACACACACACACACACCUAGCACCACUGUACUAAACACAGCAGGCUUAUUUAUCAGAGUUCCAAGGUCACAUGAUUAAUUCUCCCUCCCUCCCCGUCCCUCUCUCUCUUCCUCUCUCUUCCUCCCCCUCCCUCUCUCUCUUCCUCUCUCUUCCUCCCCCUCCCUCUCUCUCUUCCUCCCCCUCCCUCUCUCUCCCUCCCCCUCCCCCUCUCUCUCUUCCUCCCCCUCCCCCUCUCUCUCUUCCUCCCCCUCUCUCUCUUCCUCCCCCUCCCCCUCUUCCUCCCCCUCCCCCUCUCUCUCUUCCUCUUCCUCCCCCUCCCCCUUACCCUCCCUCCAGGAACAGCAGCAGGUGUUAUUGUAUCAGUUGAUGCAGCAACAACAGGACCUCCACCAACUCCAGUCUCUCUCCUCCUCCUCCCAGCUUCCCUCCAUCGCUCUCUCUUCCGCUCAGCUGCCAAUCACCUCCCUCCCUUCCUCCUCCCAUGGCCAGGGCACCAUCACCGCCAACCCCUUCCUGGCACUGCACACACACACACACUCACACCCCGACACACACACACACGCCACUGCACAGAAGCCCCGGCUGGCUGAGAAGGCUGUAGGAGUCACUGGACAGGAGAAGACCUGACCCACAAAACAGCAAUCUUGCUCUUUCUGUUGCUCAUUCUCUCUCUUUUUUUUUUUUAUCUCUGUCUCUCCUCUAUCCAUCUCUCUCUAUCUCUCAGGGGUCUCCACCAUCAUAUGAACUCUGAUCAGUACUGUGCGUUCAGCACACAAGCUAGCCCACAGAACUACAAUUACUUUAAACUACAAAAACUAUGAGGACACUAACACAGCUGACUGAUGACUCAUAGCUCUGCUGGAGAGAUGAGGUCUGGGAACUAUGACAUUUUACAGUUUUAUGAGAUGGAGGAGUCCUGCACUGGACAUGUAACUGCUGUUACCUCUUGUCUGUCUGAGUGUAUGGACCAGCAUAAGACCUAACCAGAGACCACUCUAAUGUAAGACUGACUGACCGCUCAGCCAUGGAAGCCUUGUUAUGACUCUCUUUCUGCUUUACCUACUUCACACACCAGCCUAUCAGGGUCCCUCAACCCUCAGCAUCGGCCAAUAGGAAUCCACAACAGUCAGGACUGGCAAGUCAGGGUCCAUUCCCCAAGUGCCUAAGGCCGAGGGGGCGGGGUUACUCAUGCUCCUCGACCUGUCAGUCAUCCAUUCUCACCAUAUUACUGGCUGUCAAGCUGCAUUGACCAGGCAACAGAUCAUGCAACAUUCUGAGAAGCUGGAAGCCAGGAAAUGUAUUUUGAUGCGUUCACAAAAUACUGAAGCCAACUUUAUAAAUUCUGUUUUUAUUUAUUUAGCAUUUGUUUAUGUAAUAAUGGGUACAGGAUGCUAUAUUUUCAAAGUACCCACUGUUCUUCAAACAUUUGUUUUAUACUACUGUUUAAAGUUUCACACCCAAAUCUUGCUGUAAACAUUUUUGAUGGGGGGAAAAAAAGUUGUGUAUUGAGAUUAGAUUGAACUACUGGCGGAUGGAGGUGGUUGGUGGUGGUGAUUGUGUACAUAGCUGUUAUUGUGGGAAGGGGCGUGGGUUCAAUGCCACAGUUUUGACGUCGUUUGUGUAAAUAAAUAUAUAUUUUUCAUUGGCUGUGGGGUGUAAAUAAGUGAUUGUGAUUGGCCGUGUUGGUGUGAAGGAUAGCCAAUGAAGCCUAAUUUUGUGUGUGAAAAUCUUAGGACCAGACAACAGGCGAUGGUGACUGGACACAAAGUAUUAAUUUAUUUUUAUAUGUGCAGGGACAUUGGUUUGUUGUUUUUAUUCGUUUUGCACCAUCAUUUUAUACGCCACCUCUGGGCACCACGUUUCCAUCUGUGUUCACUUUUGUUUGGAUCAAUUUUGUACAACUGAAAAAUCAUAAAACCUCCUCAAAUGUUUGUAUUUCAAAACACCAAAAUAAUUAUAUGUUCUGGAUAAAGAAAGAAAGAGACUGUUGGUGAAAAGAUGAGGAGUCACAGUGUAGCUAGUGGGAAGACGGUUAAAGCUUGAUUAACAGCCCUGUUCAACUGCUUUUUGUCAACAGCAUUUUUACACUUUGGUUGAAUAAAGAACAGAUCUACCUCCUCUAAGCCUGCUGUCUAAUAACGUGUGUUUCUCUUUGUUUAAUCUCUAUCUCUGGACGGAUGAAAUGAUGAUAAACACUGACUCUCGCUCUCUAUCGUUAGCCGUCUUCUCUCUAGUGUUUAACAGUUUCUGCAUGCCCAUUUUAUACUGGUCCAGGGUCCCCUGCCCCAACAAACACACACACACACAAACACACUGUGCUCCCCUGUCCCUGAUGCCUUCCCGCUGCCUAGCGGUGUGUGUGUGUACCAUUCUGCUACAUCUGCUUCUGCUCUGGGAAAUUAAAAGCUCACUUACCCCUCACAUCUCAGCCCCCCCAGCAACUCUUCAACCCCCCUCUUCCGCCCACCCUCUAUCAGCCCUGUCACUCAAGUCCAGGCUGUUUAAACAUGCCCCCUCCCUACCUCCUUGUCUACCACUUUCCUUCUCUCCUCCCCCGUCUUUCUUCUCGACAUCACCCCUUUCUCCUCUCCUCCCUCUCAUUCAAUCCAUUCACAGCAUUCCCCUUCAGGAGUGUGAGCAGAGCUGGCGUCCAUCAUUGAUAACCUCCCAGCAGCCACUGCUUCCCGAACAGCUGGGGGGGGGGGGAACAGCUAAGGGAGGACAGCUAAGGGAGGACAACCAUGCUGCCCAACGAGGUGCCUGAUCAAAAGUCAAACACUAAGCCCCAGAACAUCAGGGGUGCAGGUUCACACACAAUUCUCCAUUGAGCUUUUUAGUCCAAGAGUAGGCUCAUCUGGGACCGGGAAACUGGCCCAAAAUGUCCAGAUGAAGAGCUCAAAAGAAGUCCUAAGUAAUAAUUAAACAUGCAUUUAGUAAUUCAUUUAAACAUCUAAUGAGUUAUUCAAUUUAGUCAUUCAAAUUAAUCAUAUAAUUACCAGUUAGAAUAACUCAAGAGUGCGGCGGAAAACCAUUAGCAGCUGUAGUUUGGUUUAAAUUAUUAUGGGAUGGGUGUCGUGAGGGGGUUAAUCCUGUGUGCGUGUCGUGAGGGGGAUGAUCCACUGAAAACUGCCUGGCCAAGAUUCCUGUUCAGCAUAGAACCAGAUCGCUCUGACAGAGGUGUUUAGGGCCAGGAACGGAGGAAAGGAGAGGAAAAAGGGAGAGUAAAAGGGAGGGAGGAGAAGAGAAAGGGUAUGGGGAGAGGGUAGAGGGAAAGAGGAGAGGAGAAUAGAAGAGAGGAAAGCACUGAAGCCUUUGGGAGCAGCUGACGGGAUCAGACCUAUGUGUAUAGGAUACCCCCCACAGGUUCCUCUCCUGUAGGAUAAUGGUCCUGAGGAGAAGCAGCAGGAUUCUCCCUCAUCCCUCUUCAUACACAGACAGCCUGUAUUCUUCUGCUAACUGACACUCCUCUGUCCAUCCCCCCAUCCUACCCCUCUCCAUACUCAUCUCUUCCUAGAACUACUACUCCUACUCUCUGUGGCUACUCUGUCCUAUACUUCUUCCCCUCAAUACACACACAGACUUCUAAUGUCCUUUCUAGCUAUUUACCUAUACGACUGAGUGAAGGAUGUUAGUGUGUGUGUAUGUACAGUACAGACAGUAUGCAAAGCUUCCAUCUGACACAAAUCUCUCUCUGUCUCCUCUCUUUUCCUAAUCUUCAUCUCUCUGUAGUCCACUCCUGAACCCCAGCAGGCCUCUUCCAGAGCAGGGGGAUUUCCCAGCCACUGCCUGCCCAGGGCUCACAGAGAAUGGGAAGAGAGAGCUUGCUAG